AUGUGGCUACCGCUUGGAUCAAUACCACACAAAUAUGAUGUGUUUGAACCAAUAGUUUUACCGGAAAACGAACCGGUAUCGUUCAUAGAUAAAUCCAAAGGUAUACCAGUCACGCAGGAACCAUUAUCUGCAAAACCGGUAUCGAUACCGAAAAUACCGGUUUUACCGGUUGAACCGGUACUGUCACCGAAUGUACCGCCACCCGCCGCAUGA